GUCGGUUGAGCCGUGUCCCCUCACCGGGGCGAUGGCGGUGGCGCUCCGGAUGCGAGGAUUCGGCACCGCCCUCGCCGCCAGCGUCGUGCUGGCCCUCUGCCUGUUGCCAGCCCCCGCCACCUCGCACGAGGGCGGCCACUCGCACGAGGACGCAUACCACGGGCACGGCCACUCACACGAGGACUUGUAUCAUGGGCAUGGCCAUGGCCACUCACACGAGGGCAUGUACCACGAGCACGGCCACUCGCACGAGGGCUUGCACCACGGCCACGACCACUCGCAUGAAGGCAUGUAUCACGGCCACUCACACGAGGGCUUGCACCAUGGCCACGGCCACUCGCAUGAGGAUGUGUAUCACGGCCACUCGCACCAGGACGCCCGCCACCCCUCGCACGAGCGUUUCCCCCCGGAUCCCUCCAAACCAUCACCACGGUCGGACACGGUGACUCUGUGGAUGCACACGAUGGCGGCCACCCUGGUGAUCAGUGCCGCCCCGUACCUUGUCCUCUUCCUCAUCCCAGUGGAGUCCAAUGCUCCCCGGCACCAGGCGCUCCUCAAACUGCUCCUCAGCUUCGCGGCGGGGGGGCUGCUGGGAGACGCCUUCCUCCACCUCAUCCCCCACGCCCUCGCCCCCCACACACAUCAUGGUGACAGCGGCCACGUGCACGCCGAGCCAGGCGGCCACGGUCACUCGCACCACGCCAUGGAGGGGUCGGGGUACCUGAACUUGGCGGCCGACGUGGCACACAACUUCACCGACGGGCUGGCCAUCGGCGCCUCCUUCCUGGCGGGGACGGGGUUGGGGAUGGUGACGGCGGUGACGGUCCUGCUGCACGAGCUGCCCCACGAGGUGGGCGACUUCGCCAUCCUCGUCCAGUCAGGCUGCAGCAAGCGCAAGGCCAUGCGUCUGCAGCUGGUGACGGCGCUGGGAGCGGUGGCCGGGGCAGCCUGCUCGUUGCUGGCCGAGCGAGCGGGCGAGGCGGCCAUGUUGGGGGUCCUGCCCUUCACCGCCGGUGGCUUCAUCUACGUGGGCACCGUCUCCGUCAUCCCCGAACUGCUGCGGGACGCCGGGCCCUUCCAGUCCCUCCUCCAGGUCCUGGGGCUACUGGCCGGAGUUGCCAUGAUGGUAGCCAUCGCCCACUAUGAGUAGGGAACCCUCGAGGAUGGGUUUGGGGGUUUUUUUUU